AUUCAGUAUUUUGCUCAGCACACUCUCCACCUUCAACGAAUAAAAAAGAAAGGGAAGCACAGAGAUUGAAGAACGUCGUCCAACACCGCCUUUCGCCGCCGUCAUCAAACCGCCGUUAAAUUCCCAUCACCUCGCCGCCCGUCCAUCCAUCAGAAACAAGACGGAUUUUGUGAAGAAGACGGUGAGAUUGUUCAGGACUUUGUGAAGAAGAUCCCUGAACUUAAGCUUUUCUACCCAUCAGAUUAUCCACCGGCUGUUAGCUUAUCCUUUUGCGUCGGAAUAUCCAUUAAACAUGGAUUUGAUAGAAGCGGAAGAAGACGAUUAUGUCGAGUAUAUCCCUGUGGCCAAGCGCCGUGCCCUUGAAGCGCAGAAGAUUCUCCAGCGCAAGGGGAAGACAACUGUCGCCGAAGAGGAGACCGAAGUGCAGAAAGUCGUGGAGGCCAAACCAACUCUGCUAGUCAAAGCUUUCCAACUAAAGAAAGAGCAGCCCGAAAUCACUCAAACCGAGCAAAUCGUAAUGCAAGAAAAAGAAAUGAUUGAAAAUUUAUCCGAUAAAAAAUCUCUCAUGUCGGUUCGAGAGCUGGCUAAGGGCAUCACCUACACGGAGCCUCUUCUGACGGGGUGGAAACCCCCAUUGCCAAUUCGAAGAAUGUCCAAUAGGGCUUGCGACGCCCUUCGAAAGCAGUGGCAUAUUAUUGUCGACGGAGAGGAUAUUCCCCCACCGAUCAAGAAUUUCAAAGACAUGAGAUUUCCCGAUCCCGUUUUGAAGAAGCUAAAGGGUAAAGGGAUUGUUCAGCCGACACCCAUCCAAGUGCAGGGGUUGCCCGUUAUUUUGUCUGGACGUGAUAUGAUUGGUAUUGCUUUUACGGGGUCCGGAAAAACCCUAGUCUUUGUGUUGCCACUUAUUAUGAUUGCGAUGCAAGAGGAGAUGAUGAUGCCAUUAGGGCCCGGUGAGGGUCCGUUUGGGCUGAUUGUUUGCCCUUCGAGAGAGCUUGCUAGACAAACGUACGAGGUUGUUGAGGAGUUUCUUCUACCGAUGAGGGAAGCUGGUUAUCCGGAGCUGAGGCCUUUGCUUUGUAUUGGAGGUGUUGAUAUGAAGUCACAGCUUGAUGUGGUGAAAAGAGGAGUUCAUAUUGUGGUUGCCACCCCUGGGAGGCUUAAGGAUAUGCUUGCAAAGAAGAAAAUGAGCCUCGAUAAUUGCAGAUAUCUGACAUUAGACGAAGCAGAUCGAUUGGUGGAUCUAGGCUUCGAAGACGACAUAAGAGAAGUAUUCGACCACUUCAAAGCCCAAAGACAAACACUCCUCUUCUCCGCCACCAUGCCCACAAAGAUCCAAAACUUUGCCCGGAGCGCACUGGUCAAACCCGUCACAGUCAACGUGGGCCGCGCAGGUGCCGCCAAUCUCGAUGUCAUCCAAGAAGUCGAGUACGUCAAGCAAGAAGCCAAGAUAGUCUACCUCUUAGAGUGCCUCCAAAAAACUCCGCCACCUGUCCUAGUCUUCUGCGAGAACAAAGCUGACGUGGACGACAUCCACGAGUACCUCCUUCUGAAGGGUGUCGAAGCGGUGGCAGUCCACGGUGGCAAAGAUCAAGAAGAGAGAGAGUAUGCAAUCGCAUCCUUCAAAGCUGGAAAAAAGGAUGUUUUAGUGGCUACUGACGUGGCGUCGAAGGGGCUGGAUUUCCCGGACAUACAGCACGUGGUAAACUACGAUAUGCCUGCUGAGAUUGAGAACUACGUGCAUAGGAUUGGGCGGACUGGUAGGUGCGGGAAAACAGGGAUCGCAACUACAUUUAUUAAUAAGAAUCAGAGCGAGACGACUUUGCUGGAUUUGAAGCAUUUGCUGCAGGAGGCGAAGCAGAGGAUACCGCCAGUGUUGGCUGAGCUGGACGAUCCGAUGGAGGAGGCUGAGGCGGUGGCGAAUGCGAGUGGGGUGAAGGGUUGUGCUUAUUGUGGUGGGCUUGGGCAUAGGAUUAGGGAUUGUCCGAAACUGGAGCAUCAGAAGAGCCAGCAGAUUGCUAGUUCGAGAAGGGAUUAUUUCGGUAAUGGGGGUUAUCGUGGGGAGAUUUGAUUUUCUUAUAAGGUACUCUAUUUUGUACUUUUUUUUAUUGUAUUUCGAUGUACUCUUCUUGUUACAUAAUGGUUUGUAGUGACAAAACAAUUUUGUGGUAGUGUUGGAUGUUGAAAGAAUUACUAAUUUCAGAUCAAUUUUGUAUCCACUGACAAUAGAUGAUGGCCGUUUUACGGAUCGGAAUCUUUAAACGCAA